CCGCCCGCGGGUCGCCCCGGUCGCGCACUUCCGCGUGCAUGGCCCUGCUGCCCCUGGCCCUCAGCGCGAGCGCGGGGCGGAGCUGGCAGCGGGCGGCGCGCGCCUGUCCCCGCUUCCCGCUGCCUCAGCCUCGGCCCGCCCGCUCCCUCUCCCGCGCCAUGGCGUGCAGACAGGAGCCGCAGCCGCAGCGCCCGCCGCCCGCCGCUGGCGUGGCCUCGUACGACUACCUGGUGAUCGGGGGCGGCUCGGGCGGGCUGGCCAGCGCGCGCAGGGCGGCCGAGCUGGGCGCCAGGGCCGCCGUGGUGGAGAGCCACAAGCUGGGCGGCACUUGCGUGAAUGUUGGAUGUGUACCCAAAAAGGUAAUGUGGAACACAGCUGUCCACUCUGAAUUCAUGCACGAUCAUGUUGAUUACGGCUUUCAAAGUUGUGAGAGUAAAUUCAAUUGGCGUGUUAUAAAGGAAAAACGUGAUGCCUAUGUGAGCCGCCUGAAUACCAUCUAUCAAAAUAACCUGACCAAGUCCCAUAUAGAAAUCAUCCGUGGCCACGCUGCAUUCACGAAUGAUCCCAAGCCCACGGUAGAGGUCAAUGGGAAAAAGUAUACCGCUCCUCACAUCCUGAUUGCCACAGGCGGUGUGCCCUCUCGUCCUCAGGAGAGCGAGAUCCCUGGUGCCAGCCUAGGAAUUACCAGUGAUGGAUUUUUCCAACUGGAAGAAUUGCCUGGUCGCAGUGUCAUUGUCGGCGCGGGUUACAUUGCUGUAGAGAUAGCUGGGAUUCUUUCCGCUCUGGGAUCAAAGACUUCGCUGAUGAUACGCCAUGAUAAGGUACUUAGAACUUUUGAUUCAAUUAUCAGUUCAAACUGCACUGAAGAGCUGGAGAAUUCUGGCAUAGAGGUGCUGAAGUACUCACAGGUCAAGGAAGUUAAAAAGACUUCCUCAGGCUUGGAGCUCUGCAUGGUUACUUCAGUUCCUGGUAGGAAGCCUACCUUGACCACGAUUCCAGAUGUUGACUGCCUGCUUUGGGCCAUCGGGCGGGACCCAAAUUCCGGUGGCCUGAAUUUAAACAAAGUGGGGAUUCAAACUGAUGAUAAAGGUCACAUCAUAGUAGAUGAAUUCCAGAACACCAGUGUAAAAGGUGUCUACGCAGUUGGGGACGUGUGUGGAAAAGCUCUUCUUACUCCAGUUGCCAUAGCUGCUGGCCGGAAACUUGCCCAUAGACUUUUUGAAUGCAAGAAAGACUCCAAACUGGACUAUGACAACAUCCCCACGGUUGUCUUCAGCCACCCCCCUAUUGGGACAGUGGGACUCACAGAAGAUGAGGCCAUUCAUAAAUAUGGAAAAGAAAAUGUGAAGACCUAUUCAACCACCUUUACCCCAAUGUAUCAUGCUGUUACCAAAAGGAAAACAAAAUGUGUGAUGAAAAUGGUUUGUGCCACCAAAGAAGAGAAGGUGGUUGGGAUUCAUAUGCAAGGAAUUGGGUGUGAUGAAAUGCUGCAGGGCUUUGCUGUUGCAGUGAAAAUGGGAGCCACAAAAGCUGACUUUGACAACACGGUGGCCAUUCACCCUACGUCUUCAGAAGAACUGGUCACACUUCGUUGAGAACCGGGGACUCGAAUGGCUGGCAGCUGGACCAGCAGACCUUCUGAACAAUGAACCAAAUUAUCAUGUUUACUUACUGUUCCCAUGUUAUUUGUUUCUUUAUUGUAAUCAGGAUAUUCCAGUAGUGGAAGUUUUCAGUGAAUAGUAGAACUUAUUUAUGUAAUUAGAAAUUUGUUUUGUCAUCCAUGCUUUCCAUUUGAUUUGCAUCUCACAAUAAUCAAUAUUUUAAAUUUUUUUUUAUUAACAGCUCUGUGCUAGCUGGGUUUUUGUUUUGUUUUGUUUUUAUCUCAGCCUCAUCCCAGGUAUAAAGUUGUAUGAAGUACAGUUAAUUAAGGUACUUGAAUGAAUAUAGCUCGCUAAUUUUUAUAAAUGAAGCUGACGGCAGCUCUUCACAUUUAGAUAAUGCAAGUGCCCACGUCAUUUUAAUGUCUUUUUUUUUUUUUUUUUUUGUAA